GCUAGAGUCUGAAAUUUUUAAGAAUAAGAUGCAGAAUUCGAUUCAUGCUUCUGAUGCCGGGAACCAAGUUUACUUUGGUUAUUAGAUUUGCAACUCCUCAACUCGUGAAUUGAACUAACUGUUUCAUGUGUUUUUCAGGAAAUGUCUUUCUUAAACACGCCUCAGAAUUGUGCUUGAUUCCGAGAAAAGAUUAUCUGAAAAAUUAUGCAGUAUGUUUCUUCCAUGUCGAGAAUGGCGAAGCCUCUAUAUAUUAUUCAAUUAGCAGCAGACCAGAACUACAUGCCGACUUAUGCUGCCAGCUGGAAUUUGCAUUUUUAUCAGGUCAUGUGGGUCUUUUGUCCAUCGGAAAGCUUGGAAACUUGGAAAAUGCCCAUUGUUUUCGAUGGUCCUUCUUGUCUUCUCCAUUGAAAAGGUUGGAAGUUUUGUCUUCAUCGAUUGUGGUGUAUAUGCUAUUUGAAAAUGAUAUUAUGAACAUUGCAGUUGGCGUCUAGUUAGACUCGGAAAAUGACACGACGAGUAGUGCUUUUUUGAAGUGGAGUAGCCAUCAUUAAACGUGCAGUAUCUUUAAAAACACGGCUCGUUUCUGAUUCUAAGUUAGACCCGUUUAUCCCACUGUCCAAGUGCACUGUGUGCAAGACUCAGUCGAAAGAGAGGUGUAAAACAGGCUAGGGUACGAUGGGCUCUCCCAGAAUGAACAUGGUCUUCUAACUUGUUCGGUACGAUUUUUGAAAAGUCAAAAGUUGCUUUUAAGAUUACUUCGAUAAUUUCUGAAAGUGUUUUGUGUGAUUAGAUGAGCUUUUACAGAAAGUUGAUCUGUUGUAGCCUUUCAAGAAACUCAACUACAAAAUGUUUUGAGUAGAAACUUCUCCAAACAUGCCUAAAUAGUAAUAUCAUUUUCUGCGGAUGGUAGUCAGCCUCGUCAAUUAUGGCCUGAUUACUGCCAUUAAAGCUGAUAUACUGAACUCAAGGUCCACAUGAUCACCAAGUUUACUACAAUAUGUCGGUAGGCACUGAGAUCUAGUACAAGUGCAUUAGAUUUGAAUUGAAGUUUUAAAUCUGCCUGUGACCCAGUGCAAUUCAAGAAUCCUCAUGGUCUUGUCUAAGUUGUGGGGUAGAC